CUUGUGUAAGGCAGACAUGGAGGAGCGAACAUAUAAAAGGCAAGCAGCGAGCAUGAAAACGAUGUGUCGCCCUCUCCGGUCUGCCUCGUCCACUUGCACUCACCAAAGACACAAAGACAAGCAUAGGUUGAAGCUGUACGAUGACGGUUGAUACGGACGCAGCACGCGCGGGCGCAGCAUUCAGGGAGCCGCCCCUCGACUAUACUCGCCAGAUUUCACAGCUGUACGACUGGCACCUCGCCUCGCCCGACUUCACCUUUAUCCGCUACCCCGAGACGGGCGCAGACGGCAAGGACCGCGUCGUCGACUGGACAUACGAGCGCGCGUCCCUCGCCAUUCAUGCUUUCGCUCGAAAGGUGGCCAAGCACCUCGGCACGGACCUCGACAAGGGCGAGGUGGUGUCCGCGGAGAAGCUUGGCAGCGAUGGCCGGCUCAGCGCCCCCGUCGUGGCCAUCUUUGCCAAUGGCCCGCCCAUGACGUACCUGCCCAUGUCGCUGGCCAUCAUCCGUGCCGGCGCCGUGCCCUUUCCCAUCUCGAUCAACAACUCAAAGGAGGCCCUCGUCAGCCUGCUCAAGCGCUCCGGCGCCACGAUGCUGAUCCCCAAUCCUGCUGGCGCCGGUCAGAUGUACGACGAUGUGCUGGCGGCAGCACUGCAGGAGAUGGGCGAGAAGCUCGACGAGAUCGCCUACCCGUCCUUUGACGACUUUUUCCUCUCCUCGGCCGCCACCGACCCGCGCUCACUGAUCCGGACGCCCCUGAAGCUGCAGCCGUGGGACUCGACGGCCUACAUCCUCCACUCGAGCGGAUCGACGAACCACCCCAAGCCCAUCUACCACACGCACCGGUAUGUCGUCAAUGCCACGCGCGAGUUCAAGAACAGCGGCGAGUCUUUCGUCGGCCACUCGCUCUUCUCGGGCCACUUGCCGCCCUGGCACACGAUGGCCUUCAUCUUCCCUGCUGCCUGCUGGGUCAUGAGCGGCAUCUCGCUGCAGUUCCGGCCCUACUCGUUUCCUCCCAAGCCACUCACACCCGGCGACCUGCUGGCCGAGCUGGACCAGUCGCCGCCCGGCCUCAUCGCGCUGCCACCCACGUUCUGGGACAUGUACUCGCGCGACCCAAAGGCAAUCGAGACGUUCAGAAAAGUUCCCUGGCGCGCUUCAGGAGGCGGGCCUAUCUCGCUCGAAACGCUGCAGCGCCUAUACACCGCUGGCGUCAGCGUACUGAACGGGUACGGGUCCACCGAGGCGGCCAUGCUUACCUCGACGCGCUUUGCAAACUCGCCCCCGGCAUUUGACCGGCUCGACUGCUUUGUGCCCACGACAAAGUGCCCGCUCUACUACCGAGACCAGGGCGACGGGACGUACGAGAUGCUCGUCGGCAGCAACGACCGGUUCGGGCCCAACGUCAUCAACGACACGUACGAGGGAAAGGAGGUGUAUGCGACGUCGGACCUCUUUGAGCUCGUCGACGGCGGCAAGCUGCUGCGCAUCGUUGGCCGCAUCGACGACCAGCUGAUGCACUCGACGGGCGAAAAGACGAACCCGGGCCCGCUGAUUGCCAUCAUCCAGGAGAAUGCGUCCGUCAAGAGCUGCUGCUUCUUUGGCCGCGGCCGGCCCUUUGCGGGCCUCCUCGUCGAGCCCGCCGACACCGACUUUGAGCCGCGCAACGACGAGGAGCUGGCGGCGUUCCGCAACGCCAUCUGGCCCGACGUGCAGCGCGCCAAUGCCAUGGCGCCGACGCACUCGACCAUCUUCAAGGAGAUGAUCGUUGUGGCCAAGAAGAGCAAGCCAUUUGAGCGCACACCCAAGAACACGCUCCGCAUCGCCUUUAUCGUCAAGAACUACGCGCCGGAGAUCGACGAGGCGUAUGCGGCCUUUGAAGACAGCGCACAGACGCGCAUCGCCGCACCCCAAGAGUGGACGCCAGACAGCACGCUGGCGUAUGUGCGCACCAUCGUAGACGAGGCCCUCGAGGGAGCCCUCGCUGCCUCCCGCGAGGCUGACCCGCUGGCCGUCGACCUCUUCUCCAUCGGCGCCGACUCGCUGCGGGCGGCCAAGAUCAGAAACGUGCUGGCGACGUCGACCAAGAAGCGCCUCGACCCCAUGUUCGUCUAUGCGUACCCCACGGUGCGCACGCUCGCCGACGCGCUCCUCGCCGUCGUGGAAGCGGCAGAUGGCGACGAGACGGCAGCCGCCGCCGGGGCCAAGAGCGACGCCGCUCAGGCCAUGCUCGACAAGUACUCGACCAACUGGCCAAAGAAGGCAGCCAAUGGCCACGGCAUCAAUGGCAAGGCGGUCAACGGCAUCGCCAACGGCACUGCCAACGGCCACGCCAAUGGUCACGCAGCCGACGUCGUUGUCCUCGUCACGGGCACUACUGGCGGCCUGGGCGCAUGUCUCGUGUCGGACCUCGUCAAGAGCAGCCGCGUGCGAAAGGUGUAUGCCGUCAACCGACGGGGAAAGCAAGACCUCCGCACACGCCAGGUGGACAGCUUCCAGGAGCGCGGCCUCGAUGCGCACCUGCUCGACGAGGGCGGCAAGGUGCAGCUCGUCGUGGCAGACCUGGAGAAGCCCAACCUCGGCCUCGAGCAGUCGCUCUACGAAGAGAUGCGCGACUCGGUCAGCGUCAUUGUCCACAAUGCCUGGCGGCUCGACUUCAACCUGUCACUGGCCAGCUUCGAACCGCUGAUCAAGGGCACGCGCAACCUCAUCGACAUGGCGCUCACGUCGCACGCCAGCCACGAGCCCCGCUUCCUCUUCUCGAGCUCCAUCUCGGCCGUGCUGGCAGUGCCCGACGACGUCGUGCUCGAGGACGAGUUCCCGCUCUCGGCUGCGGGCAAUCAACUCGGCUAUGGCAUGGGAAAGAUGGUCACCGAGCACCUCCUCCUCGCCUCGCCCCUCGCCCAGACGACCUCGAUACGCUUUGGCCAGCUCAGCGGCACCCUCGGCUACGGCUACUGGAGCACGACCGACUGGCUGCCGCUGCUCGUCAAGAGCUACGAGGUUGUGGGUGCGCUGCCCCUUGCGGGGCCCAACGACGCCGUGAGCUGGAUUGCCAUGGAUGUCGCCGCGCGCACCUACGCCGACGUAGCCCUGGCCCAGCGGGAGCCCGGUGCCGUCAAUGGCGACACCGACGCCGGCGAGACGACGCUCCAUGUCGUCAAUCCGUCGCUUGCACUCUGGAACGACAUUGUGCCGCACCUCGCCGCCGCCUUGGGCACCAAGACGGUGCCCUACGCCGAGUGGCUCGCGCGCGUCGAGGCAGCCAGCCGCACACACAGUCUCGACGCCUUCCCCACGGCCAAGCUGCUGCGCUUCUUCAGUGUCGGUUCGGCAGCCCUGAGCGGCGGCAAGCACCUCGACACGCGCCGCGCCCAGGCUUGUUCUCCAGCGCUGUACAAGAGCAAGGCCGUUGAUGGCCAGCAGGCCCGCGAGUGGGUCGCCUACUGGCGGCGCACCGGCUUCCUGGCCGGCGCCCAGUGAUGUCUCGUAUCUGUUGUGGCUCCUUUCCUUUGUAUUGUAGAUGCUUUGUCUUGCGUUUUGCUACUCUUAGACGUGUGCUGUACUGUACAUGGUGCCUACACUGUAGCUCGCCUUGCCCGUGAGAAAGAAUGGAAGAGGAAGUGCGCUCUAGCUUCUCGAGACUGAAGUCCAAGCCGUGGCGGGGUCUUGCCGAAAGGUGGCGGGCGCCUUGAAUUUUAAGCUCAUGACGGGC